CUUCAUCUUCUUAGAGUCAUCAAACACUCGUUUAACAUAUUGAACACUCGUCGAACUUAUUGAACACUCGUCGAACUUAUUGAACGAUGGGUAAAUCAUCGAAAGACCCUCCCCAAACUCCUACGCGCAUUCCGCGCCCUUUCACCCCAACUAAUGGCACAUCGCCUACACGUUCUAACCCUCGUCGUGGCAUGGGUCUCUUGCAAGCAGUUGGUCGCGGUGACAUCUUCCGCGGCGCAUCUCGCGCAGAGGAGAUUGGCCGAAUCGGUGUUUGGCCUCUUAGUACGACUGUUAAUGAAGCCCAAGGCAACGCCGUCGGACCUAUGCGUCCAGCGGCCCACCAAUCUGGCAUCCCCCCUCCCAUCAACGCCACUUAUCAUCAGAAUCCUUCAAGGCCCGCAUCAUCGCGCGGUCCGUCGGCUAGCAUCAUGACUGGUAGCCCCGACUCUCAGCUUACUACUGGUUAUACAUCGGCCACUACAUCGACUAGCCCUGAGGGGGUCACGGGAGAUCGCCGCCGAGUAAUGAGCGGUAACUCUACGGUUGCGAUUGAAACCAGUGGCUACCACCCGUACGCACCGCAAGUCCGCCACCGACGCCCCGGCAGUAGCCUCCCCGUGCGUUCGCCUCCUCCGCGCCCACCUCCCGAGCCUUGCGAUAUCGCAUACUUCAUGCCCGGCGCGUGGACCAAGCGCGAACUGAAGCUCCCCAAGAGCCCUAAGGUCCCGUCCGGCGCCUCGGACGACAGUCUCGGCUCGAAGCAUCGCGACAGCCUGCGCCUGGCUAGCAUUCAGAAUGUUCCUCGUCUGACACCCCCCGGCACUAAGAAAGGCAAGUUUAGUGACUUCUUUACCAACGAGAACGCAGAUAGCCCGCAGUCGGACGGCUCUCAGGCCAAGCCUGGUCAGGGUUCGGGCGCUGGCUCGCAGAUGAGCCGUGAGUCGAGCGUUUUUGAGGAGUGGCCUCUUCCGGUUGAGAAGCUGAAGGAUAGUUCUGAGUUGGAGCUUCAGGACGCUAGAACCAAGGAGUCACCUGGUGCAGCAGAGAAUGAGAUUACUGACCAGAAGGACAUUAUUGAGUCAAAGGAUGAGGAAUACAUGGGAGGUUUUACUCAGGAGAUCGUUGAACAGAUGGAUGCAGACCAGAAGGAGAGCGAUGACUUGUCGCCUGGCUCAAAGAAGGCGGAUGCAGAGCUGGAACGCGACCACAGAGAGGAGCCCUUAAUCAUGGAUGUGUCUUGCAUGUUGGCAAGUAUGGGUCUUGAGCAAAUGAGUGACUAUGACCCCUCCAAACAUAUACUGCCCGGAGAGUCAGCGCCACGAGGUCCCCGACGCCAGGAUUUGCUGGAUUUGUCUCCCGCCACCGAUCUCAACAACCCUCAGUCGCAACUUGGCAGCGGCAGCGCCCACAAGACCUUCGACCUGCGCUCACAGCUUCCGCGACCCACGCAGAAAGCCGGCGGAGAGAAGGAAAGCGGAAUCCCCAAGUCUCGCACGCGCAACGUGCUAAACAACCUAACGUCCUCGCUUUCUCGCGCAUCGCUGUCGAGCUUCCGUAUGCAAUCUCGUCGCCACACGCCGUCCGCCAUGGCCAGCCCCAACGAAGACGACUCGCCGGCACGCACGCAGCGCCCCAGCGGCGACGAAGACCUGAUAUCUUCGCAGCAGGCGUCCGCGGCGCACCACCUAGACAGCGUGCGCCUGAUCUACGAGGCGCGCGACGCCGAGUGGUGGACGGGCCGCUUCCUGGCGCUUGAAGACCGGUUCCGUAACGAGAACCUGUCGCCGGAGAACAUGGCGGCCAUCAUCGCGGCCGCGACCAAGAUCCCCGGCCCCACCACCACCACCGCCAGCAAGCCGCAGAACCCGGCCGGCCUGCCGUCGUCCAGCACCAUGGCGUGCUUUCCAUCAUCGUCGAAUGUAGGCGGCGUCGACGACGACGACGACGCCCAGAAGAAGAAGGUCGAGGCGAAGCAGCGCGCGGCCCUGCUUACCGACGAGGACGCGCGCGCGCGCCGCGUGUUCGCGCACCUCCACGCGCUGUGCAUGACGGAGGCCGCGCGCAAGAGCUUGCGCGCUUUCCAGCAGCAGUACGCGCGCAAUGCUGGUAAGGAGGCGCUGCUGCCUCCCGGCGGCACUAUGUACGAGGAUCCGAAGGGCAAGGGCAAGAGAUGGGUUGGUCGCAUUUUUAGCGGCAAGGAUAAGGAUAAGGAUAAGGAGGAUGGCGGCAAGAAGGGAGGUCCCUCGCGUUAGGGACGACUCGGUAUUACGCUACGCAUGCGCUGCAUAAAUUGCAAGCCAUGGU